CUUCCACUAACUUCCAUGCCUGGCAAUCCCAAUCACUGCGCUUUGCCCCCUACCGGCCCCCGGACAUCUCCCUCAAGCCCCUCCUCUUCGAGGUGCCCAGCAUCACGGUGGACUCCGUCUUCACGGGCCGCGACUGGCUCUUCCAGGAGGUCGACGCGCAGCUGAGGAGCGUCAACUGCAGCACCAACCGCGGCGUGGUGGUCAUGGGCAACAUCGGCUACGGCAAGACGGCCAUCAUCUCGCGCCUAGUGGCGCUCAGUUGCCAUGGCACCCGCAUGCGCCAGAUCGCCUCCGACAGCCCACACGCUUCGCCCAAACAUGGGGAGAGUCUGCCCCUCAGUCAGCCCCAGCCAUCCCACGGUACCCUGGGGGGAGGCAGCUGCCCCGGCACCCCCGAGAUGAGGCGCCGGCAGGAGGAGGCCAUGAGGAGGUUGGCGUCCCAGGUGGUGGCGUACCACUACUGCCAGGCAGACAACGCCUACACCUGCCUGGUGCCCGAGUUUGUGCACAACGUGGCGGCGCUGCUGUGCCGCUCGCCGCAGCUCAUCGCAUUCCGGGAGCAGCUGCUGCGGGAGCCGCACCUGCAGAGCGUGCUCAGCCUGCGCUCCUGCGUGCAGGACCCCCUGGCGUCCUUCAAGAGGGGCGUGCUGGAGCCCCUGGAUGCCCUCUACAAAGAGAGGAAGAUCACCACCGACGAAGACCUCCUCAUCCUCAUCGACGGGCUCAAUGAGGCCGAGUUCCACAAGCCCGACUACGGGGACACCAUCGUCUCCUUCCUGAACAAAACCAUCAGCAAGUUCCCGCCAUGGCUGAAGCUGGUGGUCACCGUCAGGACCACGCUGCAGGAGAUCACCAAGCAGCUCCCCUUCCACCGUAUCUCCCUGGAUCGUCUGGAGGAGAACGAGGCCAUCGACCAGGACCUCCAGGGCUACAUCCUGCACCGCAUUCACAGCAGCUCUGAGAUUCAGAACAACAUCUCGCUCAACGGCAAGAUGGACAACACCACCUUCGGCAAGCUGAGCGCCCACCUGAAGGCCCUCAGCCAGGGCUCCUACCUGUACCUCAAGCUGACCUUUGACCUCAUCGAGAAGGGCUACCUGGUGCUGAAGAGCUCCAGCUACAAGGUGGUGCCGGUGAACCUGGCCGAGGUCUACCUGCUGCAGUGCAACAUGCGCUUCCCCACGCAGUCGUCCUUUGAGCGGGCGCUGCCGCUGCUCAAUGUGGCCGUGGCAUCGCUGCACCCGCUGACGGACGAGCAGAUCCACCAGGCCGUCAAUGCCGGCUCGGUGCAGGGCACACUGGACUGGGAGGACUUCCAACAGCGCAUGGACAACCUGGCCAUGUUCCUGGUGAAGCGGCGGGACGGCACACGCAUGUUCGUGCACCCGUCCUUCCGUGAGUGGCUCAUCUGGCGGGAAGAGGGCGAGAAGACCAAGUUCCUGUGCGACCCCAGGAGUGGUCACACGCUCCUGGCCUUCUGGUUUUCGCGCCAGGAGGGCAAGCUGAACCGGCAGCAGACCAUCGAGCUGGGUCACCAUAUCCUCAAAGCACAUAUCUUCAAGGGCCUAAGCAAGAAAGUUGGGGUUUCCUCGUCCAUCUUGCAGGGACUUUGGGUGUCCUACAGUACAGAAGGCCUUUCCACUGCCCUGGCCUCACUUCGAAAUCUCUACACACCAAAUAUUAAGGUUAGCCGCCUCCUGAUGCUGGGUGGGGCCAACGUGAACUACCGCACAGAGGUGCUGAACAAUGCGCCCGUCCUGUGCGUCCACGCCCACUUGGGCUACAUGGACACAGUGUCCCUGCUGCUGGAAUACGGGGCCUCCGUGGACGCCGCUUCUGAGAGCGGCCUCACCGCGUUGGCCUACGCCGCCUCUUCCGGCCACCUGGCCAUCGUCACCGCUCUGUGCCGCAAAAGAGCCAAGGUGGAUCACCUAGACAAGAAUGGCCAGUGUGCCCUGGUACAUGCUGCCCUCAGGGGCCACAUGGAGGUGGUGAAGUUCCUCAUCCAGUGUGACUGGACCAUGGGAGGCCAGCAACAAGGGGUCUUCAACAAGAGCCAUGCUGUCCAACAGGCCCUCAUCGCCGCAGCCAGCAUGGGCUUCACUGAG